CCAGGCAACUUUUCAAAGUUUAUUGCCGGCGUUUUUGACGGAAACUUCAAAAUUGCUUUUUAUGUAUUUUUUGAACCUUUCAUGAAGCUCAUCUCUAUUAUGGACCUGCUCAAAAUUUUUCGAAGGCAGGAACCAGUCGCCAAGGAUUUGCUGGCCAAAAAAACUGAGGUGAGCCAAUAUCGAGAGGUCGUUCAGGAAAAAGACGUUUUGCUGCGCAACUCCAAAGCCCGCAUUCUAGAACUGGAAGAACAAGUUGCCGACCUGGACACAAAGUAUCGAAAAUUGCAAGAAAUCCAGGGGAAUCCGCAGGACGGGAAGAAGAUCAUCGAGCAAUACGAGACAUUUUACUCGAAGAUCAUGUGCGAAAGCGAGCAAAUCCUCGACCAAAAAAAGGGAGCUGAAGCCAAGCUGGAGGAGAUGCAAAUUUUUUGCGCAGAUCUGUUGGAGAAGUUCGAAAAGGCCAAAAGCGUUAUCAGGCAGUAAAAAAAACUGUCCCAAGUCCAUGUUCGAACCUUUAAAGGGGCUGGACAGUAACUGAGUCUAAUAAAAAUUAACAUUGAAGAUGCCA